AUGCCACCACGCCCAUUUGUGAACGACCGAUUAUGGCGUUGUCUCUGUCCUGGCUUUCCGCCCAACUCGACGACAAGCGCCACGGCAGCAACAUCGGCUAGACGGCUACAGCGCAAUGCGACACGGAAUGAUGGAUCAAUCUACCCCCGCAACCAGUGGCGUGCCUAUACUCUGUCCAACAUAUGUCGCGCGGCCAACGAGUCCUUCUUCUCACAGCCCGGCGUUGCGCCAACUGGGUUCCGACCUUUUGGCGAGCAAUCCUACACUCCUCGCCCCGUCAGUUCGCGGCAAAAGCCUUCGCUCGCUCAGCUUCCAACCGACCUUCUCUAUGACCAUGCCCGCGCCGAGGGCGCCAAAGGCCAUUGGGACGAGGUCAUGAACAUUUGCAGAGUGUUGAUCAAGGAUAGAGGAGAGCAGCCAAACAGGGAAAUGUAUACGGCCAUACUGCAUAGCUUUGUCAGUUCCAAGGAUGGCACAGCCGGCAAGCUGCGCAAAGUGCUUGAAGAAAUGGGAUUUUGGAGUCAGACGGAUGCGUCACUGUUUGGGACCCCUAGGAUUGAGCUUGACGCUCGUGCGUGCGAAUGUGUGCUGGAGGUGCUGGCGGUGCAUCCUGACUACCUUUUGCGCUCCGAGAUUCUUGAAUACAUGAAGUCGCGCUGGCUCACCCUUUCCACUCGUGGGCAUAACUUUGUCGUGGCGGGGUUGUUGCGAGAGCGCCAUUUCGAACAGGCGCUUGACACAAUGGAGGACAUGAUAAGGAACAACAUACGUGUGGAGAAUUGGUUAUUUGACGAGGCCAUGUGGAUUCUAUUGGAAUUCAGAGAAGUGGAAGAGGCUUUCUAUGUUCUGGGCCUCAAAGAAACAGUGCAAAACAAAGGCAGUAGCACGGGGACUGCCAAGGUGAGUGAUGCGCUCUUGGGCGCAUUGCUGGACGCGGCGGCAGAGGGUCAGCUUCACGAAGAAACAGUCAAAGUGUGGAUGACUCAAGUUCAACCGGGCUACCUGAAACCAGGCACUGGCACCUGCAUGUCUGUUCUUGCACUUGCUUCUCACCACGGAGACGUCGAACUUGCCACCGACGUCUUUCGCCUGCUUACGGAACGGGAAACCACUUUUACGACUCACCACUACGAACUCAUCAUGUCUACUCAUCUACAAGCUAAUGAUGUUGAGGCUGCUCUAUCCGUGAUUCUCAUCAUGGUAGAUGCCAACGUCAAGGUCAAUGCUGCAACGUGCCAGCCACUGUACCAUUACUUGUCUGUUGAUACAGGUGAUGGGGCUAGCCGCUCAUUGGAAGCUUUUGCCCUCCUCCAAGACUUUGAGGCUGCUGGCCGCAGAGUGCCCACAGCGGCGGUGAAUGCGUGCAUCCAGGCUAGUCUUGCCCUGGGUCGCCUUGAGGAGGCGAUUGAGAUAUACAAAGCUCUUCAUACCGUUUCACGCGCGGGGCCCAACACCAAUACAUUCAACAUUCUCUUCAAGGGCUGCCACAAGUUUGUACGCAAGGAACUGGCGAUGUUCUUGGCAAACGAGAUGAUGCAGCUUGGGCUGAUACCUGAUCGUAUUACUUACGAUCGGCUCCUACUGGUCUGCCUACGAUGUGGCGACCUGGAAGAUGCGCUGCUAUAUUAUGAGGAGAUGCUGUCGUCGAGCGACAGUGACGCGCCGAUGAAGCCCCGAAAGAAGACUUGGGAACUUCUCAUACACGCUUGUGUGGAAAAGGGUGACGAGAGAGCAGUUGCGCUUCUUAACGAGUACAAACGAGAGAUUAAUGAGCCCCGCAUGUCAGUGGAGAAGGCCGUUUUCGACCGUUUCGAGUAUGGUAUUCUGCCGAUGCCCAGAGCAUCUGGAGAGGGAGGCAUCGAGUCUGGUCGAUUCUAUGAUGUGGGAAAUCAACACGUCAGGCCAGCGGCAGAGGUGACACAAACCCCAGGACUCGGUGCCGACACAGGACAAUCGGGGGCAAAAGACGGGUUUUUGCACCAAGGCAACGAGGCCGGUGCGAAUACGGAAGCGGACUUGAAGGAGAGCGCCGAUCUUGAGGGCGCACAGUCCACUGCAGCAGCUAGCAAAGACACAAGACCAUCCUAA